ACUAAUAUUUAUCUCAAAGUGAACCAAAAUUACUUAACAAAAGAUUGAAAAGAAUCGGACCCAAGGGAGAUAGGAGCUUGGGUAACCCGACCCGCAUAUCUCUCAAUCCUUCUGCCAUACAAAAUGCCCUAAAAUUCAAAUUGAAUUCGGAAAUUGCAGAAAUUUUUUCAAUUGAAGCAGAGUCUUCAAAGCUUAACAAAAGAAGCAAAGAAAACAAAGGCAAAGCUUUUCAAUGCGAUAAUGUUAGCCAUAGAGAAGAUGCUAACCAUGAUUUGGGUAUCCCGUGGAAUUGGUGUACGCCCAAGCUGGCACGAAGGAUGCCGUGGUUAUCAAAAAAGAAUCAAUGGAAUUAUUGAUCAGGAAAGAGCGUUAUGGAGCCAUCAAAUGAUAACACAGACCAGAUGGAUGUUGAUUGGGUAAGUUCUGAUUUCUUGGCGGUGUUAUUUACAAUUGAGUAUUUUUAAUUGUUGUUGGUUGGACUUAGAUGCUUGUAUGUUAAACAUUUUUCCAGGUGAUAACCUCCCUUAAGAUAAACUUUUUCCAAUGAAGAUAGUAUGGUUACCUAACAACGCCAAUUCUAUAUAUUCUUCUUCUUCCCCAUUGGAAAAGAAUGUGAAAUUUAUGCUUUUUAUUCUUGGUGCGACUGCCAAGAGCCUAGUUUAUUUGCUGCUAAAUAGUAGAUAGAAGAAAUAAAACAAAUACAGGUGUUCAGCGAAUGUGUGAUUAAUAAAUGUAAUUAUAUUUAUUUGAUGUCGUGUUCAUAAACGUCAACUUUCGAUACUCUUUCUAAGAGAGUAAUAUUGUUAAUUUUUUGGUUGAAUGAUCAAUCCGUCCCAACCUGUGGCCCGCUUAGAACUGGAUUGAACUGCUAUAUUAUAGGUUCUUUAAUUAAAAGGGUCAGCCCCUCCUAACCCAUUUUAACUCUCUAGCCCGUUAGAGUUGGAUUGAGUUGGGUCAUCCUAUUUUGACAACUCCAAUUAUACUAAAUUUAAAUGUUAAAAGUAAAUUAUAUACUACAUAAAAGAGAAAAAGUAAAUUGCAUGUCAAGUAUAUGAAAAGAAUUAGAGGCUAAGAGCAAAUUUAGAAUGUCGCGUACUAGUUCAUUGAACUCAAUAACUGUAGCGGGAAAUUUUAUAUUCAUGUUAAAAAUCGUUGCUUAUUUAGAACUCUUUAAAUCACAGAAUCAUUAACAUUUGAACUAUAUAGUCCGGAAGAGACCUGAAAAUUGGGAGAAUCCAAACCGGCCCAUCUAUCAUUCCCAAUUUACCAAACCGCACAAUUUUUCUGCUAUAUUAAAAACUCUAGAAUUCAAAUUAAAGCCAAAUAGAUGAAGAGGCAAAGCUUUUCAAUUUGGAGGAGGGGAGGCGUCAAAUAAUGAUGGAUAUUGAUCCGGUGAGUUCUGAUUUCUUACUUAUUUGCUUACUGUUCAGAUGUUUUGAUUGAAAACAGUCUGAACUGUGAACUGUAUGGCCAAAAUCCAAAUGCUCCUUUCGAUGUUGUAAAAUGUUAUUAGGAGUUCAUCAUUCUCAAACCUAUAGUUUGUAUGGCGUGAAAAAACCCGGGAUCAUAUAUAAUAAAGAAAAUGCAUCACAAUGUCCCUUAACAAUAUAUCAUAGUCUGAUGUAGGUGCAAGGUUUGCGUACACUUUAUCCUCUCGAUUUCACACUUUGUGUGAUUACAUUGGGUAUGUGAAUUAAAGAAGAGACUGCUCAGGUAAUCUACUGAGGAUGUUCAUAAGUAUUUCCUUUGAGUUGCCAUGGGUUAUCCUUCAAACCCUACGGUAUCACACUGCGUAAUCCAUUGUUGUUAUGAUGGCCUGGUUGUUAUGGAGGUUCGUGAUAAUUUUGAAGCUAAUCACUCCACACUUUUUCUUCUUUUCUCUGUGUUACAACUCUCAUAUUCUUCUUAGUUUUUGGAGUAUAAUGUCAUCUUUAGCUGGGGGUGGGUGGGGCAAAAAAUUAAUACCAGCAGAUAUCUUGGAGUACUUGGCUUGAAUGAAACCAGAGAUGUUUCAAUGGAGAAAAGCAACAUAUAUAUCUUUUGUUAAAUCUAUGUGUUUACAUCAUUACCAUUUCGAAAAUAAAUAAAUAAAUACCUAUGUGUUUACAGAAAGAAUCUAUAUGCAUUGUGUAUGGAACACAUGUUUCUCAGCUUGUGAAAAAAUGUGAGAAUUUGAAAAAACUGCAUUGCUUUUAAUAUCAUCAUAUUUGUUUUCUGUUAUCGUUGGUUGAGAAUGUACAAAAAACUUGAUUGUCAUUCAAUCUCUAAAAGUGCAGUGUUUACUUAUGUAUGAUGCCCUAAGAGUAUUCAAUUUCAUUGCUAAGUAAGAAGUGGUUUAAACCCAUUUUCUCUUUUACUUUAUUAGAUCUUGUCUAGUCUAAGUCUUAUGUGGAUAGUGCAUUCGUUUUAAAGGUAUACAAAUUUAUUGCAUCUCAAAUACUUUGCAUAGUAGUUGAGUCUUUACCAUGAUGUUUACCUUUUUCAAAGUUCCUUCUGAUGCAAGGACAGUUAGCCAUAGAUCCAUCAAAAGCUUCCAUUGAGGCAUCUCGUGCUACUUAAAUUCUUCAUUGUCAGAGCCCAGAGUAUCAAUUCUCCUAACAUGCCACGAGGAUGUUUGUCAAUAUUUCUUUAGGAACUACUUUUCAACGCGAAAAACUUUCCAGUAUUAUCUAUGUCACGGAGGAUAUCUAUAUCAGGAAGAAUAUAUAGGAUCUUAUAGUCACCAGAAUUUGAGUCAUAACACAAUCCCAUACGACCACUUUGAUCUGGUGAAAGUUGUGCAUCAGGAAGUAUAAUUGAUUCUCCCGUGGAGGGGUUCCACAACAAAUAUAUGUCGUCUCCGCCCUCAGUAUUUUCAUUUACCAUCAUAAGAACCAAGCCAUCACAAGAGCAAGUGAUUGAACAAAUAUAUGGUCUAGAGAUUAAAGGGAAAUCAAGUUUUCGCACAUUCUCAACUGGUUGAUCUGACGAUAAAUUCAAACAAUACAUGUUAUAUUUACUAUCUUUAGGACAACAUUGCCAAAUAAGGAGUUUUUGUGAAUUGAGGUCGUUCUUGGCCAGAUUGAGAUGUUUCUUUUCAAAGUGAGGGCAUUGAAAUCAAUGUUUUUUCCAAGGUUUUGAAAUACAUUUGAAUUGAAAAAGAGUGUGCACGGGUUAUCUGGUGAGGAUGUCCAUAUGUUUUUCGUCUAGAAAAUGAGUUGUCAUGGGCUAGAUAAAUAGAUAAUAAAAUGUUAUCUUCAAAACAUAUACAUAGAAAUGUAAAGUAAGUAAAACAAUUGUAGGUAACUUACAUGAUCAACAAUAUUCAUUUGCUUUUCUGUAAUUGAAAUCGAUUUCUUCAUCUUCUUUUGUUGAACUUUGAAAAUUUUUGAGUUUUCAUUGAAAAGACUUGUGAUUUUGGAUAUGCUUGCUAGGGUUUUUUUUUGUUGACUUAGGGAGUGAUUGAUUGGGCCGGGUUGGGUCCAUCUUUCCCUUUUAAUUCUUAUGACCUAUAUAUCAAACCUCACUUUCGCAUAAAUCGCAUGAAUUACGUCACUUCAUUUACACUCCAAAUAUUUUGUAAUGAUUAAAAAAAAAUGUCUAAACCCUUUUAACUCAAAACCUCCAACCUAGUAAAAGAAAGAAAAGAAUCGGGCCCAAGGAUCUAAGAGCUUGGGUAACCCUACCUACAUAUAUCUCAAUCUUUCUUCAAUUUAAAACGCCCUACAAUUAAAAUUGAAUUUGGGAAUUGUAGAAAUUUUUUCAAUUGAAGCAGAGAGCCUUCAAAGCUCAACAAAAGAAGCAAUCUUUUCACAAAAAAAAGGCAAAGCUUUUCAAUAAGAAAAUGUUAUCAAUAGAGAAGAUGUGAACCACCAUUUGGGGGAGGUAACAAAUAAUAAUUUGGGUGAGUUUUGAUUCUGGGUUAUGUUGCUUACUUUUCUCUUGUGUUUUUGUUGAACUUAGAUUCCAGUGUGAUGUGACAGGUAUCCCGUGGAAUUAGUAUACACCAAGCUGGCACACAGGAUGCUGCGAUUAUCAAAAAAGAAUUAGUGGAACUAUUGAUCAGAUUAAAGAAAGAUUGAGUUUCUUCAAUCAAUACUUAGCAAUUGAGAAACCAGUAAUCACUCCAAAGAAAGAUGAGACGGAAAAUUAAGAAUAAGGGAAAGUUAGCAGAUAGUAGUUCUGCUCUAGAGAUACAAAAACAGAAGAUGAAGUCCAUUGCAACUCCAAAGUUAGAGGUUGAUCUUUCCAAUCAAAUUCUUAUUAGCAGUGGAAUUGAUGCAAUCCAAAAGUUUAAUCAGCUUUCAAAAGGGAAGAGCGCUGUAGAGCCAUCAAAUGAUAACACAGACCAGAUGGAUGUUGAUGCCAUGGCAAUUCACUUCUCAGAGGUAAUACUUAUGGACAUCCUUAGCAGGUUACCUGUGAAGUCUCUACUUCGAUUCAAAUGUGUGUCAAAAUUUUGGGAAAAAUUGAUCUCCGAUCCAUACUUGAAGAUGAAGCAUCUAAAUCGUGCCAAGAAUGAUCAAGAUUCUCAAAAACUUCUUACUAGCCUAAGUUGCCGUAAUAAUGGUAUAUGUUCCAUGUAUUGUUGUCCUUUGUCGCCUGUUCAGCUGGUUGAGGAUGUACAAAAACUCGAUUUCCCUUCAAACCCUACACCAUUCCCAUGCACAAUCCAUUGUUGUUAUGAUGGAUUGGCUGUUAUGGAGGUUCCUGGUAAUUUGAAUGAAGACACCACAUUUUUGCUGUGGAACCCCUCCACAAGAGAAUCAAUUGAACUUCCUUCUCCAGAAUUUCGACUGAACAAAAGUUCUUGUUUUGGUUUGGGUUAUGACUCAACCAGUGGCAAGUAUAAGAUUGUUCAGAUUUUUCAGCAUAUGGAUUUACCUUGUGAAAUUUUUGUACUGAAAGGUGGCUCUUGGAAAAGAAGUGUUAAGCAUCCUCAUGGCAUUUACAGUCUGAUGUUUGCUGUGCAGUUUUUGACAUUUGCACAUGCGGCAUUUCAUUGGAUCGCUAUGUCACGAAAUCAUGCUGUGAUGGUUUCGUUUAGUAUUUUGAAUGAAGUGCAUGGAGAGAUUCCCUUACCGGAGGAAUUUUCAGUCACGGAUGUUAUUGGUGUUACACUGUUGGAUGGAAUGCUUUCUCUUCAUUCUAAUCGUCCUUGUGAUCAGAGUAACAGUACUAUUAAGUUAUGGGUAUUGAAAGAGUAUGGUAUCAAGAAAUCUUGGAUUCCAUUCUUAUCUAUCGAAGAUCCCUAUAUUGUUUAUGCUAUACCGAAAUAUAGGUUUCCGGAUGGUGAACUGCUAUUCAGGUGCUUUGUUGGGGGUUCAUUAAGGACACGUAGUGGACCAUUUGGAGCAUGGCCCGAAGGUCAUACCUUAUUAGAGGCACAUCCUUUUACAGAAAGCUUGAUUUCUCCAAGAUCACCAGUUUUUGGAGUACAAUGUGAUAUUUAGCUGGCAGGUCUGGGGGAGGAGAAAUUAAUACCAGCAGAUAUCUUGGAGAAAGAAGUGUUCGUCUAUCCAUUAUGUGGAGUACUCGUCUUGAAAUAGAUCAGAUAUGUUUUAAUGGAGAAAUGCAACAUGUAUAUCUUUUGUUAACUCCUAGGUGUUUACAGAAGGAAUAUAUAUGCAUUCUGUAAGGAAUAGAGGUUUCCAAAGCAUGUUGAUUGUGAGAAAUUGAUAAGAGUGCAUUGCUUAUGUUAUUAGCAGGAAUGACAUUUGUUUUUCUAAUAUUUCCUAGCACAGUAACUGAAAUUCUCACAAACGAUAAUUUGAAUGUAUGUGUUUUUUAUAUUUCUUCAAGAGCUCACCGCUCUUGUGAGAUAAUGAUAGCUUCUUGUUGUUGUUAGUUGUUAA